AUGGAGAUGGAAAAGAAACACUUUUGGAAUCUUUUUCCAUCUUCCUCCCUGUUGUCAUCUUCGAUGGCUAUCCUCUUGGCUCUCCUCUAUGCCUUUUUCAUCGUUGUCUCAGCAGACACCACCACCUUCACUCCAGCUGAUCAGAUCCUUAUCAGUUGUGGCUCCAAGAGCCUGUCAGCUAUUCCUGACGGAAGGGUCUUCAAGACUGACCAUGAAGCUCAAAGUUUCUUGCAAACUAAAGAGAAUAUCUUAGUUACUGACCCUUCUGCAGAUGUUCCUUCCCCUAUAUAUCUAUCUGCUAGGAUUUUUGUUCAAGAAGCCACUUAUUCCUUUACUAUGAAGACUCCAGGAUGGCAUUGGGUUCGCCUCCAUUUCUUUCCACUCAAAAAUACUCGCUUUGAUCUCCAAACGGCUACAUUUUCAGUUGCCACCGAUAAGUAUGUUCUCCUUCAUGACUUCAAUGUUAACAAUGAAACCAGACCUUUCCUUAGGGAAUACCUUAUUAAUGUGACCGACCCAACGUUUUCCCUUCACUUCCAACCUAUGAAGAAUUCUGCUGCUUUCAUCAAUGCCAUUGAAGUUGUUUCUGCUCCUGAUGUUUUACUCCCUGAUGAAGGCACUGGCCUUUCUCCUGUUUCGAGCUUUUCAGGCUUGACCAAUUAUGGCUACCAAGUUGUGUACAGGCUUAAUGUUGGCGGACCAUUGAUUACCUCAGCAAAUGAUACCCUUUGGAGGACUUGGGAAAAUGACAACAAAUAUCUUAAGGACACAGCCUUGGCUAAGAACGUAUCAAUCCCUACUUCCUCCAUCAAAUAUGGCGCGGGUAUCUCCCCUUUGAUUGCACCAGCAACGGUUUAUGCAUCUGCUCAAAAGAUGGCUGAUGCAGAAACAUCGCAGGCAAAUUUCAAUAUAACAUGGAAAUUUGAGGUUGACACAACAUUUAACUACUUGGUUCGGCUGCAUUUCUGUGACAUUGUGAGCAAAUCCCUUAAUGACCUUUACUUCAAUGUGUACAUUAAUGGAAAAAUGGCAAUUUCUGGUUUGGAUUUGUCAUCCAUCACACAAGAAUUGGCAGCCCCAUAUUUCAAAGACAUUGUGGUGAAUUCAACUUUGAUGUCCAAUGGAUUAAAUGUUCAAGUAGGUCCUAUGGGUGAGAAUACAGGUACCAUUAAUGCUAUUCUAAAUGGAUUGGAGAUCAUGAAAAUGAGCAGUUCAGUUGAUAGUUUGGAUGGAGAAUUUGGGGUUGAUGGCAGGAUGGCUUUAGCCAGCCGCAGCACUGUUGCAGCCGUAGGAUUUGCAAUGAUGUUUGGUGCCUUUGUUGGUCUUGGUGCUAUGGUGAUCAAGUGGCACAAGAGACCUCAAGAUUGGCAAAAGAGGAAUAGCUUCUCUUCUUGGUUGCUUCCUAUCCAUGCUGGUGACACUAGUUUCAUGACAAGCAAGACCUCAAUGGGAUCUCAUAAAUCCAACAUCUAUUCAUCUACUCUUGGCCUAGGACGUUAUUUCUCCUUCUCAGAGUUGCAAGAGGCCACUAAGAACUUUGAUCAAAGUGCAAUCAUUGGAGUUGGUGGUUUUGGCAAUGUCUAUCUUGGUGUGAUCGAUGAAGGUACACAAGUUGCUGUCAAGAGAGGAAACCCACAAUCUGAACAAGGAAUUACAGAGUUCCAAACAGAAAUUCAGAUGCUAUCAAAACUCAGGCAUAGGCAUUUGGUGUCAUUGAUUGGGUAUUGCGACGAGAACGAUGAAAUGAUUCUAGUUUAUGAGUAUAUGUCUAAUGGGCCUUUCAGGGAUCAUCUAUAUGGAAAGAAUUUACCUCCAUUGUCAUGGAAGCAGAGACUAGAGAUCUCUAUUGGUGCUGCUCGUGGACUUCAUUACCUACAUACUGGGACUGCGCAAGGAAUUAUUCAUCGGGAUGUAAAGACCACAAACAUUUUGCUUGAUGAUGCUUUUGUUGCUAAAGUUGCAGACUUUGGGCUAUCUAAAGAUGCACCUAUGGGUCAGGGUCAUGUAAGUACAGCAGUGAAGGGAAGUUUUGGAUACUUAGAUCCUGAGUACUUCAGGAGACAACAACUGACAGAUAAAUCGGAUGUGUACUCAUUUGGGGUGGUGCUACUUGAGGUGUUAUGUGCAAGGCCUGCCAUUAAUCCACAACUCCCAAGAGAGCAAGUUAACUUGGCCGAGUGGGCUAUGCAAUGGAAGAGAAAAGGAUUGCUUGAAAAGAUCAUCGACCCUCUUCUUGUAGGCACAAUAAAUCCAGAAUCAAUGAAGAAGUUUGCUGAGGCUGCAGAGAAAUGCCUAGCUGAACAUGGAGUUGACAGACCUUCUAUGGGGGAUGUUCUCUGGAACUUGGAGUAUGCUUUACAGCUUCAGGAAGCCUUCUCACAAGGGAAAGCUGAGGAGGAAACUAAAUCAUCCACGGGCGUAGCAGCCUCCCCUGCUGUAGCUGCUCCAACUCCUGUUUCUCCUACCUCCGAUGACCGUCCCGUUUCCGUUCCUGAUGAUAAUAGAAAUCCAGCUGAAGUCAGGGCCAUUGAUCAUGAACAUUCAGGAACUGCAAUGUUUGCCCAAUUUGCUGGGCUAAAUGGCAGAUAAAAAUUUGUGAAUGUGCUUCACUAACGAAAGAGAUAUAGUUCAAGCAUCUGACCCCAUCUUGGAACUUUCUGAGGAGCACCUAGCUUUUGCUGUUGUUUCAAGAACUGGAUAAUGCUUGGCAGGAUUGAAGAGGUCUUUAAGGGCUAGGAUUACUUAACACUUUUUUAUACAUAUGAUGGUGUGUAUCUAGCUGAGUGUUCUAUCAUUUUUUUCAAAUAUUGCUUGUUUUAGAAUUUGAUUUCAUGGUUAUAGAGAUCUUGCAUCUAUUAUAAGACACCGUUUUUAUUAAUUGGGAUGGAUAGAUUCAUAGUUGCAGCAUUUCAUACACCAUUUUUCUUACCAUUCAGAAAUUUUGUAAUUGUUAUUCUCUUAGCAGGAAACAGAAAAUUGUGAAUUUGCAAGCAAAAUGAAUGAAUUUGCUCCUCUUAUUU